GCGAAGAGUACGCACGUUUUCCUCACGCGAGUCUGCAAACGUUUCACUCAGUCUUUAAAUUGUAUUUCUUGAUGCGAGACGAGCGUGAACUGAUCUGAAAUUUGGGAAGGAAUCUUUAUUGUUCAGAUCCCUCCUCCUUCUUGAGAAAGUGGGAGGGCCCGAAAAGUUCUUCGCAAAAGGGAGAAUUGUUCCAGGGCUCAGUCAUCCAAAAACGUCCUUUCAAUGCGAGAAGUUGGGGAACCGAAGAAAAUGUCGGUGCUGCUGCAGUAGUAAAUUACUUAAGCAGUCAAAUAUACUGAAGAAAUCAGUUUUAUAUUAUUAUUAAACGAGGGAAAAACUUGUUGGGAAAAGUCGAGCACGAAAGAGUAGUGGAUUCAACUGCAAUAUACUGCACGUUUCUGGGGUAGUGUAUGGAAGAUGUCUGGUAUAUUGGAUUGGAUACCCUGGGAAAGGAAACGGAAGGUUCGAGUUUUCUGUGCCCUGGGUGUGCUGCUGUGCUGCCUGCAGGGUAGUGCUGCUCUCAGUGAUGACAUCCCUGUCUUCACAGAGGAGCCUCUCUCUGUGGUACAGAAACUGGGGGGCAGCGUGACCCUGCGCUGCAGUGCCCUGCCCAACCAUGUCAACAUCAGUUGGCGUCUAAACGGGCGAGAGCUGGCAGCUGGGGGCAAUGAGGAGCUGGGAGUUCUGGUGCAGCCUGACUCUCUCUACAUCCCCUCCCUUACUAACCUCACUGUGGGCAGAUACCAGUGUGUGGCCACCACCAGCGUUGGGUCCUGCGCUAGCGUGCCAGCCAGUGUUACUGCAGCGAAGCUGCGUGAUUUUGAGCCAGAUGACCAGCAGGAAAUUGAAGUAGAUGAAGGGAACACAGCAGUGAUUGAGUGCCAUCUUCCUGAGAGUCAACCUAAAGCUCAAGUCCGCUACAGUGUCAAGCAGGAAUGGCUAGAGACAUCUAAAGGGAACUACCUGAUCAUGCCUUCAGGAAACCUUCAGAUAGCCAAUGCAACACGGGAGGAUGAGGGCCCUUAUAAAUGUGCUGCCUACAACCCUGUCACGCAGGAAGUAAAAACCUCCACUUCGACAGAUCGUCUACGGAUACGACGUUCGACAUCUGAGGCUGCACGUAUCAUCUAUCCACCUGCACCUCUGUCCAUUAUGGUGAACAAAGGCCAACGACUUGUCCUUGAAUGUGUGGCCAGUGGCAUUCCCACUCCACAGGUCACAUGGGCUAAAGAUGGCCUGGACUUGGAAAAUCAUAACAACACCCGCUUCCUGCUUAGCAACCUGUUGAUUGAUGCGGCGAGCGAAAGCGACUCGGGCACAUACGCGUGUAAAGCCGACAACGGCAUCGGCUCUGCUAGCUCUGCAAACAUGCUUUACGACGUGCAGGUGUUUGAGCCUCCCCAGGUGCGUGUCAAGCUGCAGCAACAAGACGUUUCCCGGGGCGACACAGUGCGAUUCAGCUGUCAGGUGAGGGGCAAGCCCACACCAACUGUGGUGUGGCUGCACAAUGCUCAGCUCUUGAGGCCGUCACCACGGCAUCGGAUGUCCUCGCAGGUGCUACGUAUACUCAAUGUUGGGCCGCAGGAUGAUGGUGUGUACCAGUGCAUGGCGGAGAAUGGCGUGGGCAGUUCUCAGGCAACUACAAGACUUCUCACUGUCCCAACAGUGCCGUCGCGGUCAGGUAAGAUACCCUUAAUUCGACCAAUGAGCCCAGAUAAGGUGUUGCGGGAACAGCCACCCCUGAAGCCUGUGGUCACCAGUGCAAUGCUGCCUGUUGACUGCUCUGAGGUCCGAGUCUCUCCUGCCGAAGCUCCGGUUAUCAUGAGCCAGCCACGCACAGUAAAGGCUGACUAUUAUGAACUUACCUGGGAACCCCGUCAUGAUGGAGGAGCACCUGUGUUGGAGUACAUUAUCAAAUACAGAAAGGCUGGAGAAUCUCCCGGUGACUGGAUCACUAGCACUAUUUCAGGCUCACAGCACAAACUGACUCUGACCAAACUGCAGCCAGCCAGCCUCUAUGAAGUGGAGAUGGCCGCUAAGAACUGCGCUGGGCUUGGGCAACCUGCUAUGAUGACGUUCAGAACAGGCAAAUGGCGAAGAGGACCCAUAGGGGCUCCAAAACCACCAGUGGUGCAACCUCGUCUUUCGCCUCCAGAAGCUCCAGACAGGCCCACUGUCUCCAUGGCCACAGAGACCUCAACCUAUGUGACAUGGAUCCCACGUGGAAACCGCGGAUUCCCUAUUCAGUCGUUCCGUGUACAGUACAAGAAACUGCGGAAAGGAGGUGGAGACUGGGAUGUGGCUGUGAACAACAUCCCUCCCUCACGCCUCUCAGUGGAGAUCACAGGCCUGGAGAAAGGAACAUCGUACAAAUUCCGAGUUUUGGCCGUUAAUGUGUUGGGAGCGAGUCCCCCUAGUGCUCCCUCCAAAGCCUACACAGUAGUGGGCAGUGGCCCACCAAACCGGCGUCCCAUUGACGGACCCUAUAUCACCUAUAAUGAAGCCAUCAACGAGACCACAAUCAUCCUCAAAUGGACGUACACGGCAGUCAAUAACACCCCCAUUUAUGGCUUUUACAUCUUCUACCGACCCACUGACAGUGACAACGACAGUGACUACAAAAAGGACGUUGUUGAAGGUGAUCGAUACUGGCAUUCCAUAACAGAUCUACAGCCUGAGACUGCCUACGACAUUAAGAUGCAGUGUUUUAAUGAAGGAGGCGAGAGUGAGUUUGGCAAUGUCGUUAUCUUGGAAACUAAAGCACGCCCACACCAGAGGACUACACCUCCAGAGACAUCAACACCCAGACUUGAACAUCCUGGAAACCCAAUGCCACGACCUGGUGAUUUGCCUUACCUCAUUGUGGGUGUGGUACUUGGAGCGUUUGUCUUCAUUAUCGUGGCCUUCAUCCCAAUCUGUUUGUGGAGAGUUUGGGCCAAGCAAAAACAAACCUUAGACAUGCGAUUCCCAGUUUUGGCAGCUGCAGUCUCUCCAUGCCAGUACACCAUGGUGCCACUGCAGGGAUUGGCUCUUGGUCGGCCCUGUGCCAUCAACCCUCACCUGGCACCUCCUCACACUGUCUACACUCCUAAAGUAGAAUACACCCCCAAUGGGAAUGGAAAACACACAACACAACACCUCCCUGGAGGGCACCAGGAUGAUGCUGACUAUGAGUUGGAGUGUGACGCAUUGUUGCCUCAGAUACUUUCAAAUCCGCAACCACAUAUCCAGAAAUACUGUAAUGGGGUACCUGGCUGUCCUGAAGAGAGAUGCUGUAAAUCUGAUGACUCCCCCUUGCAGGUCCUUAGCCUUUCUGAUCCUGCACAGCCAUCUCAGAGUUCUGACUCCUUGCAGGACAUUCACUCCCUCACUGAAGCAAUUCACAUUGAAGAUGAGGUGACUGCCGACUUGCCCUGGUUAAUGACAGUUGAUGCAGGCAUAAACAGGUUGCUCCAAGAAGCUGAGCACCAUGAAGUGAGAACAACUCAGAACAUAAGUCAGCUUGAAGAACAAGGAACACACGUUCCAAAAGAUGGAUAAAACAUUAAAAAAAGGAAGACAGAGAAAAAUAUUUAUUUUUGUAUAACAGAUGCUAUAUUUAUAUAUUUAUGUCUUUGUACAUAGUACAGUUUUUAGAAUGUGUAUAUAUCUGUUCUUUGAGAUGUUACACAUAUUUUGGUAUGUUUGUCAGUCACCACCACAUUGUCAUUUUCAUGCUGUAAAAAUUAUCCUCAGUUGGGAUUGGAACAAAUUGUCACCUCAAUGGCAUAUAUUUUUUAUCUGUUUAACAUAUAGUUUCACAGUUAUAAGCUUCAGAUUUCCCACUGGCAAGCAUUUCUUGAUGUUUGAAGCACAGCUAGUGGAAAUGUUAAUGCUUUCAGGGCAUUGUGAUGAUGAUCAAUUCAUUGAACAACUGACUGUUUAAAACACUUUGCAUCUAAAGUAUUUAUUGUAUGUGUAUGUAUGUAUGUAUGUUAUAUGCAUACAUAUUUUAUGCACAAUAUAUUAAAGCCACAUAUGUUUAGUGGCUUGAUGGCAAUGUAGAUGGUACUUUGAGUUGAAAACAUUGACACACACUAAAAACAUGAUUGUAACUUGUUCCAAAUGCUCUCUGUUAAGUUGUGCGAGUCUUGUUGGUGCAGUGUUUUACAGCUUUGUAUAUAGGUUACUAAGAAUUAUCUAUUUUCAUCAUUAACAAAAAUAUUAAUGGAUAUAUACAAAGGAUAUGCAUUCUCGGUGUAGUAAUAUUGACUAUGCGAAAGAGAACAUAUAUUGUAGGUAUUUAUCUUUUCAGAGGCCUGGAUGUGAAACUUUCUUAAAAUAAACACACCUACCUGCAAUAUGCUGAUUUUUAUAUUCAAACUGGUUUGAUAUUGUCAGCUUGUAUAGUGGUACUUCACAGUCUUUGAUGGAUUUUGCUUUUGGAGGCUGGUAGUUCUCCUGCAUCAGUAUUAGCUUGUUACCACGGUUGUAAACACGAAACAUGAAGGAAAAAUCAACCUCCACAUAUUCUAGAAGAUUAGCAGCUUUGGUUACAUGGAUUGAGCACUAUUGCCUGUAAAUAAAU